AUGGCCGCGAGUAAUCGCGUCAGAAAUUCCGCCCCACCCUUAUUGUUCCACCCGGACCUGCAUACGAGGAAUAUAUUUGUUUCGGAUGACAAUCCUUCUAUUAUCACUAGCAUUAUUGAUUGGCAAGCAGCUAGUAUCGAGCCGGCGUUUUGGUACUCGGACGAGGUCCCGGACUUCGCAGAAGGAAGCCCAAGGCUGAUGAAUGACAACAUUUUUCGCCCAUUCCGUUACUGUAAUAGAACAUGGAAAGAUGGAGCAGUGGCCUUACGUCACGAGAUGAUUGAGACUGCGAGGCAUUGGAACGAGCUAGGAUUUGAAGGUCAAUGUCCUUACCCUUUACCCACGCGAGAAGAACAUGAGAAACACGAGAAAGAAUACAGGCUUUUCGAGGCGGCACAGAAUCUGCGAACCGAUUUGUCAAGACUCCUAAAUACAGCCUCAGACGGAUGGGUACCGCCAGAUGGUUGGGAAGCGGCACAAUCAGCCCAGAGUGAACUCUUUGAAGGAAUGUUGCAGGCUGUUUUGACGAACCCAGAUUCAGACAAUGAUGAGCCGGUAAGAGAUGAAAUGACACUGAGGUCAAUCUGGCCAUUUGACCUUGAAAGAAUUCUAGUUCAAUAUAUCUUCCAAUCAAUUUCUGCACUCCUGUGGCCAUAG